AUGUCCACUUCACCUCAAUUUGAAGAUAAAACGAUGGACUCACACAUCAGCGAGGACGGCCAAGCUGGCUCUGUCAAAAUACCUGCCUCGAUACCGUCAAAGCUCACACCUGGUGUCGCCAUUCUAUCUGACGAAGCGCACAGAGCCGUUUGUCGUGCCAUUGGCGCACCUCCAUCUCGUUACGAAGAACCAAAGAAGGAUUCCACUCUCCGAAUAGACAAGCGCAUCCCAGAUGGUCUGUACAAAGCUACCAUCAAGAGGCGGCGCAAGGCCCAAUUCUCCUACUACUUCACCGCGACCCUAUAUAACACCUGCUUGGUCCUUCAAAUCCUACUCGGUGCCGCUCUUACAGCAUUGGGAUCUGCAUCCAAAAAGAACGGCACUGCAAUCACCAUCCUCGCAGCGGCAAACACUGUCAAUGCUGGUCUUGUCGCCUUGCUUCACAACUCAGGCUUGCCCGGAAGGAUCAGAAAUGACUGGAAUGAGUACGAUAAGGUUGAGAUGUUUCUGGUUGAGAUGAUGGACUCGCGUAUUGCUGAGGAUGGUUUGAGUACAGCGGACGUGAUCCAGACAUGCUUCAACAAGUACUCGAAUGCAAGGGCGACCGUUGAGAGGAAUAAGCCAAAUUAUUACAGCGGUGCUCCGGCGACAGCUCCUGGGACUGCUGCUGGAGCUACACCGCCUGUGCUUGGUGCCAGAUGA